UCCACCACACCCACAAUGGCAUCCGAAACCGACACCGUCAGAUCCGGAACCUUAACCCCCAACGGCUCCGCCCCUGAUCCGCCGGAGCACCGAAAGGUCGCUCUAAUCACCGGCAUCACCGGCCAGGACGGCUCCUACCUCACCGAAUUCCUCCUCGACAAAGGCUACGACGUCCACGGCCUGAUCCGACGGUCCUCCAACUUCAACACCCAGCGCAUCAACCACAUCUACAUCGAUCCCCACAACGCCCACAAGGCCCGCAUGAAGCUCCACUACGCCGACCUCACCGACUCCUCCUCCCUCCGCCGCUGGCUCGACAUAAUCGCCCCCAACGAGGUCUACAACCUCGCCGCCCAAUCGCACGUCGCCGUCUCGUUUGAAAUCCCCGAUUACACCGCCGACGUCGUCGCCACGGGCGCCCUCCGCCUCCUCGAGGCCGUCCGCUCCCACAUCGCCGCCACCGGCCGCACCGACAUUAAGUACUACCAAGCCGGGUCGUCCGAGAUGUUCGGGGCCACCCCGCCUCCUCAGUCGGAAACGACGCCGUUCCACCCCCGAUCCCCUUACGCCGUCUCGAAAUGCGCGGCGCAUUGGUACACCGUGAACUACCGCGAGGCAUACAGUCUGUUCGCGUGCAAUGGGAUUCUGUUCAACCACGAGUCGCCGCGGCGGGGGGAGAAUUUCGUGACCCGGAAGAUCACCCGGGCCGUGGGUCGGAUCAAGGAGGGAUUGCAGAGCAAGCUGUUUUUGGGGAAUCUGCAGGCGUCGAGGGACUGGGGUUUUGCCGGCGACUACGUGGAGGCGAUGUGGAUGAUGCUGCAGCAGGAGAAGCCGGACGACUACGUAGUGGCGACGGAGGAGUCGCACACGGUGGAGGAGUUCCUGGAGGUGUCGUUUGGGUAUGUGGGAUUGAACUGGAGAGACCACGUGGUGAUCGACAAGAGGUACCUGCGGCCGUCGGAGGUGGAUAAUCUGAAAGGGGAUGCGAGCAAGGCGAAGAAGGUGCUGGGUUGGAAGCCGAAAGUCGGGUUUCAGCAGCUGGUGAAGAUGAUGGUGGACGAAGACGUUGAAUUGGCUAAGAGGGAGAAGGUACUUGUGGAUGCUGGGUACAUGGAUGCUCAGCAACAGCCUUGAUUCCUCUGAUGCUGGGUCCAUGGGUGCCAAAAGAGUUUUAAGUUAUAUAAUGUGGCUUAGUUCUAGAGCUCAAUAGAGUUUGAAUUCCAGUAAUUAAUUGUUCUGUGCUGUUCAUUUCGAGGGUUGUUUUUGUUCUUAAUUUUUCUGUAACUUGAUUCAUUUUUCAGCAAAUUACAUACUUGUCUUGUUUCCUA